AUGGUGAAAGCAGCGAGCGAGAAUGGUUCUUCUUCUGUGGCACCUUUCUUGACCAAAUGUUACGAUAUGGUUGAAGAUCCUUCCACCGACUCCAUCAUCUUUUGGUCUCAAUCUGAUAACAGUUUCAUCAUCGAUAACGUCUCUCAAUUCUCUCUCACUCUUCUUCCUAAUUACUUCAAACACAACAAUUUCUCCAGCUUCGUCAGACAGCUCAAUAUCUAUGGUUUCAGGAAAAUUGAUUCGGAUAAUUGGGAAUUUGCCAAUGAAAACUUCAUUAGGGGUCAAAAGCAUUUGUUGAAGAAUAUACGAAGGAGGAAACAUCCACAUGUUGCAGAUCAGCAAAAAGCAUUGCCGCAGAAAAGCAAUUCUGAUGAACCAUCACUAGAAGCGAUUAAUUCUAGCCUGUGGAAAGAAGUCGAGAAUCUCAAAUCGGAUAGAAAAACCCUGACACAGGAGUUGGUUAAACAUAAGCAGCACCUUGAAUCUUCUGAGAGUAAGUUGCUUCUACUUAGUGAUCGUCUGGAAGGAAUGGAAAAGCAUCAACAGCAGAUGCUAUCAUUCUUGGUCAUGGUUGUACAAUGCCCUGGGUUCCUGGCUCAGCUGCUUCACCCUAAGGAAAAUAACUGGCGUUUUGCAGAAGAAGGGAAUAUGUGGGACCACAGUAGCCAAGACAACGAACCAGUUCCUUCUGAUGGAAUGAUUGUAAAGUAUAAGCCACCUGUAAGUGAAACACUGAAACCUGUAGUUCCGCUAUCUUCUGCCUUUGAGCCAGAACCCGAACUUUCUGCAGAUGGGAUGAAAGACUUGUGCAUCAGUUCUGAGUUCUUGAAAUUGCUCCUAGAUGAGAAAUUAUCUCCAUUAGAUAACCAUUCUCCGUUUCUCGUACCGGAUUUACCUGAUGAUGGUUCGUGGGAAAAACUUUUUCUGGGCAGUCCUUUCCCCGAAAAUGUUGAAGAUACUGAUCAUGAAAAUGAGAGGCACAAUGUUAGUGAAAUGGAGAUGGAAUCUAUCAUGGAAACUCCAAAUGAAAGAUCUGCUUUUGAAGCAAUGAUUGUAGAAAUGGAGAAAACUCAAGCAUGA